AGGUGAUAGCGCAGACCAGCGGCCGCUGCCCCGCUGGUGGCCGGGCCCUCAUCUCGCCCCCGGAGCAUGGGAGCCAGUCGGCUGGGCUCCGGUCCUUGCUUGGUGGGAAAUCUUGGGCCCGUCCUCCGCCGUGGCCCCGCUUCCGUUUCUCCCUCUGUGAUUAGGGCCGGUGACUUGUGUCUCGUGACCCAGACCGAGGAGGGUUUAACCUGUCCAGCCAGGGUGCAGCCAGGGACCGAGGCAGCCGCCCCACUCGCACCGCGGGGCUCUGGGCCUCACAGCCCUCCGCCCAGAUUCCAGGUGCACCCUCCUGGCACCUUUCCGCACUCAUGUCGACACGCUUCCUCCCAGGUCCCAGGCACCUGCCCGAUAGCAACAGUAUGAGCUUCGUGGCCUAUGAGGAGCUGAUCAAAGAGGGUGAUACGGCCAUCCUGUCGCUGGGCCAUGGUGCAAUGGUAGCAGUGCGUGUGCAGCGUGGGGCACAGACCCAGACCCGGCAUGGUGUCCUGCGGCACUCGGUAGACCUCAUCGGCCGCCCCUUCGGGUCCAAGGUGACCUGUGGCCGAGGUGGCUGGGUAUAUGUGCUGCACCCCACGCCUGAGCUCUGGACCCUGAACCUGCCGCACCGCACGCAGAUCCUCUACUCCACCGACAUUGCUCUGCUCACCAUGAUGCUGGAGCUCCGGCCUGGCUCUGUGGUCUGUGAAUCCGGCACUGGCAGCGGCUCUGUGUCCCACGCCAUCAUCCGCACCAUCGCGCCCACGGGCCACCUGCACACGGUGGAGUUCCACCAGCAGCGGGCAGAGAAGGCCCGGGAAGAGUUCCAGGAGCAUCGGGUGGGCCGCUGGGUGACGGUGCGCAACCACGACGUGUGCCACAGUGGCUUCGGCGUGAGCCAGGUGGCAGACGCGGUUUUCCUGGACAUCCCAUCUCCUUGGGAGGCCGUGGGCCAUGCCUGGGAUGCCCUCAAGGUGGAAGGUGGGCGCUUCUGCUCCUUCUCGCCGUGCAUCGAGCAAGUGCAGCGGACCUGCCAGGCGCUGGCCGCCCGCGGCUUCUCGGAGCUUAGCACGCUGGAGGUCCUGCCGCAGGUGUUCAACGUGCGCACGGUCAGCCUGCCUGCGCCCGACCUGGGGGCCCACCCGCACCCCGACGUGCACCCCUUCCGCAGCGGGACGCCCAUGAAGGAGGCUGUGGGCCACACGGGCUACCUGACCUUCGCCACCAAGACCCCCGGCUAGUGGGCCUCCCGCCAGGAGCUGCGGGGAGCUGGCCACAGGCCGCCUUAUAUGGUCGGUGAGCCUACUGGGCCUGCCUUGAGACGGACCGUGGGCCUGCGGCAGGCAGGGCGGGGCCUCCCACAGCCUGCACAGCCUGGUCCCCUCCCGGCAGCCUCUCUGGAGAGGAAAG